CCAUAUCUCUUUUCAUUAUUUCUAAAUUUUAUUUUCCUCAAUAAAAAAUAAAUAAAUAAAUAAAUAACCACCCACACUAUAAAACUCUGUCGUGGGGUUUCAGCUGCGCAUUCAACCAAAAACACCUCAUCAUCACAACAACUGUUUCUACGUAUUUUGGUAUAAUGAGUAGUAAUUCAAAAACCAAGAUUAAUAUUUAUGAAUGCGAGAGCGAGCUACGAAGAGGGCCUUGGACUCUUGAAGAAGACAAUCUUCUCAUUCAAUAUGUUUCUUCUCACGGUGAAGGCCGCUGGAAUUCCUUAGCCAAAUUUGCUGGGCUGAAGAGAACAGGGAAGAGUUGCAGAUUGAGAUGGCUCAACUAUCUGAAGCCUGACAUUAAGAGAGGAAACUUCAGCCCUCAUGAGCAGCUCUUGAUUCUUGAACUCCACUCCAAAUGGGGGAAUAGGUGGUCGAAAAUCGCGCAGCAUUUGCCGGGAAGAACAGACAACGAGAUCAAGAACUACUGGCGAACGCGGGUGCAGAAGCAAGCCCGGCAGCUCAAAGUGGAUUCCAACAGCAAGAAAUUCCUCGAGGCGAUCCGCACGUUUUGGAUGCCGAGAUUAAUGGAGAAGAUGGAGCAGAAUUCGCCGUCGACGGUGUCGUCUCCGUCUUCCUCCAUCGCCGCCGCCCCGUCGUCUCCGGCGAUCAGCCAGCUGGCGCCUCCGGAUUCGCUCUGUCCGAAUCCGGUAAAUAACAGCAACUCAGACGGUAAUAAUUAUGAUAUAUUCUCCGUGAACUUAACGGCGGUUAAAAAUCAGACGGAGAUUCCGAUUGAGGAAAGUUACUACAAUGUGGGAUUCCCCGGCUGCUACGAUGACAUGCAGGUGCAGGGUAUCUCGCCCCCGGAGUGCCACGUGGCGGAGAUUGAUUGGUUCGGGGAGGACUUUUGGAACACUGAUGAGCUGUGGCAGUUUAGGAAGUAGUAGUGAUCAAAAUUGGUUGGUCAGGUCUGUAGAUAGACAUUAAUUACUUAAUUAGGACUGUCUUAAUCUGAUAAUUAACUAGUUAAGUGGCUCUUGUUUUUGUAGUAGGGCCAAGAGAAAGGUCGCUAAUAAAGCCCGAACUGAUAGUAUAGUUUAAGGUAUUUAAUCAAGAAUUAAGAUUUUAUUGGGUGGGUCACAACAUUAAUGUAUCCGAACUCAAUCAGUUCUAACUAUGUAAGAGAUUGGGUUCUCUUUGAUGUAAGGCUUUUCUACUUUCUUCUUUGUGUGGUCUAAUCAAACUUUGUUCCCACAUAAAGUGUGUCUCACUUUAAUGCAAAGAGUUUAUUACCUCCA